UGGAUCUAAUCCAAAACGGUGAGGAGGGCCCGGGAGGACAUGUGUCGUAAUAUAGCCUAAAGUGGUCCUGGUCUCCUCACAAUGAAGAUGAACAUCUUUUUAUAGUUAUAUGUUGUAAUAUCAUUAUGCCUUUGUAGCAUCGUCGGACUCACUGCAGUACCGCAAAACAUGUCUGAAUCUGAAGUUACAAUGAACCUGGAGCUGGAGACCUACCCUCCCAUGUUCCGGCAGCAGAACAACCAGAGUAGUACUCAUUGGAAAGUCAUCGAGCCGGUCAGAGAAUCGGAGCUUACUAUACCUGUCAUAGAUCUCCAUUGCCUGAGCCCUGAGGAGCUUGGGGGUGCAUGUAGAGAUUGGGGACUUUUUCGUUUGGUGAACCAUGGAGUUCCCUCGACCCUUUUGAGGCAACUUCAUGAGCAUGCAAAAGAGCUUUUCUCUCUUUCAUUUGAAUGCAAAAAGAAGAUAUUUUGUAGCCCUUUGUCGUACAUUUGGGGCACCAUUGCUACUUCCCCUUCUGGCGCGGCCAUAUUGACUGGUCCCCAAAAUAUCCAUUGGGUUGAAGGCAUCCAUUUUCCUCUUGGUCAACUCUCCCAAUUGCAACCUCAAGAUCAUAUGCUUGCUUCUUUCGGACUGCUAGUGGAAGAAUAUGGAAGGCACCUGGGUAGACUUGGUAGAACCAUAUUUAAAACAAUGGCGAUGGAGCUCAAUCUGGAUCCAGGAGAAUCCGAGACCCAUCUGGGGGAAUCUACAGGAUUUCUACGUGUUUACCGCUAUCCAUUACGCUCAAUGGCUAACUCUGCAUGGGGGAUAGACGUGCACACAGACAGCUCGGUGUUGAGCAUAUUGAACCAGUACGAGGUUGGUGGCCUUGAAGUCCUCAAAGACAAUCAAUGGCUCCAAGUUAAACCCAUUUCCGACGAAUUAAUUGUCAACCUCGGAGAUAUGAUGCAGGCGAUAAGCAACGACAAGUACAAGAGUGUGAAACACAGAGUUAGGUUAGACAAACAUAGAGACCGGAUCUCUAUCGGCUACUUUGUGUUCCCAGAAGAAGGUAGCGUGAUUCGGAGCUCCAAGUACAAGCCGUUUACUUAUGGUGAUUUCCAAGCACAAGUACAUCAAGACAUCAAGGCCCAUGGGUUUAAGGUUGGGCUUGAAAGGUUCGAGCUUACCUAGGCCACUUCACCAUGAUGGGGCUCUGGUAUGAUUUGUCUUGUUUUGGGUUUUCUUCUUUUCGAUUGAUGCUGCUAUUUAGUAGACUGAUAUAUGACUGUCAUACUUAGAUAUAUGCCUGUAAAAGAAAAAAAAAUGAAGUUUUAGUUUUCACUAUCAUGUCAUCCCAAUUGUAUGUAACUUGUAUAAUAGUUUACUAAAUAACAUUACUAUAUUAUUUUUCCUUUU